AGUUCUGCGCCUGCGCUCCUCGGGGGGCGGCUUCCCGGAGCUGGUCCCGGAGCGCGCGGGCCAGAGGGUGGCGAGCGUCCCGGUCCCGCCGCACCGCGUCUCCCCGUGAGGUGUCCUGAGUGGGGACCAUGAACCGCAGCCGCCAGGUGACGUGCGUGGCCUGGGUCCGCUGCGGCGUGGCCAAGGAGACGCCGGACAAGGUAGAGCUUAGUAAAGAAGAAGUAAAACGUCUUAUUGCUGAAGCAAAGGAAAAGUUACAAGAAGAAGGCGGCAGUGAUGAAGAGGUGACGGGGGAGCCCUCAGGAGAUGGCAUGCAGAGUGCACGGACCCAGGCACGACCCAGGGAGCCCCUGGAGGAUGGCGACCCAGAGGACGACAGGGCCCUGGAUGAUGAUGAGCUGGCCGAGUACGAGCUCGAUCGGUAUGACGAGGAAGGCGACCCAGAUACUGAAACUCUUGGUGAAUCUCUCUUGGGUCUUACAGUCUAUGGGAGUAAUGAUCAAGAUCCUUAUGUUACUCUGAAAGAUACGGAGCAAUAUGAACGUGACGAUUUCUUGAUUAAGCCCAGGGACAAUCUCAUAGUUUGUGGCAGAGCUGAACAGGACCAGUGCAACUUAGAGGUACACGUUUAUAAUCAAGAAGAAGAUUCUUUUUAUGUACACCAUGAUAUACUGCUGUCUGCAUACCCUCUGAGUGUGGAAUGGCUGAAUUUUGAUCCUAGCCCAGACGAUUCUACUGGAAAUUAUAUUGCUGUGGGAAACAUGACCCCCGUUAUUGAAGUGUGGGACCUGGAUAUAGUGGACUCUUUAGAGCCAGUCUUCACACUUGGAAGUAAGCUGUCAAAAAAGAAGAAAAAGAAGGGAAAGAAGAGUUCCUCCGCAGAGGGGCAUACUGAUGCUGUCCUGGACCUUUCUUGGAAUAAGCUGAUCAGAAAUGUGCUGGCAAGUGCAUCAGCUGACAACACUGUGAUUCUGUGGGAUAUGUCCUUGGGAAAACCAGCAGCUAGCCUUGCUGUGCACACAGACAAGGUCCAGACUCUGCAGUUUCAUCCAUUUGAAGCACAGACUCUGAUUUCUGGAUCAUAUGAUAAGUCAGUGGCUUUGUAUGAUUGCCGAAGUCCAGAUGACAGCCAUCGAAUGUGGCGAUUCAGCGGGCAGAUUGAGAGAGUGACUUGGAAUCAUUUUUCACCUUGUCAUUUCUUGGCCAGUACAGAUGACGGCUUUGUAUAUAAUUUGGAUGCACGUUCAGAUAAGCCAAUUUUUACACUUAAUGCACACAAUGAUGAAAUCUCUGGUCUUGAUCUCAGCAGUCAAAUCAAGGGUUGCCUUGUGACUGCAUCAGCAGACAAAUAUGUGAAGAUCUGGGACGUAUUAGGAGAUAGGCCAAGUCUGGUUCACUCCAGGGACAUGAAAAUGGGAGUUCUCUUCUGUUCUGCCUGUUGCCCUGAUUUGCCAUUUAUUUAUGCCUUUGGAGGACAGAAAGAAGGGCUUCGGGUCUGGGAUAUAAGCACAGUGUCUUCAGUAAAUGAAGCAUUUGGAAGACGAGAGAGGCUUGCUCUUGGUAAUACAAGAAAUUCAUCAAUUAAUGGCCCUUUUGGAAGCAGGAGCUCAGACACACCAAUGGAAUCUUAAUGAGGAUCAUGCAAUUUCCCUGUUUACCUUAACUCAGUUUUAAAAGCUGGCCUAAAAAUGUAUGUUCCAUGUGUGGUGACAGAAGCAAAAUUGAUUUCCAACUACCUGACAUUCCUUUAGUGGUAGCUCAACAAGGCUGCUCAGAGUGCUUGCUGUUCCAGUCUGCAGUGUAUAAAGCUCCCGUUGCAGAUCUCCUUGGAAAGGGUAAUAAAAAAGGUUUUAAAAAAUGAUUCCUUAUCUGUCACAGGUAAUCUAAGUUUGUAAAGUAGCUAGUAAUUUACAGGAUUUUGCUCUUUUUAAAAAUUAUAUGAUCUUAAUAGAUGGGUAACCCCAGGUCAGGAAGAGUUGUGGUUUGGCCGACAUUGCACAGUAGGCCACA